AGCCAGCACUUACUCAUGCAUGCAGAGCGCAGAGCCUCCACUGUGCAUUUUUUAUUCCUCUAUUUAUUACAUGUUUCCUCAACAUUAAGAUCUGAAAAUGGGCAGGGGGAGAACAAGACAGAAGCAGCCUUCUCCCAGGAAGUACAGGCUGAGAAUGUCACUGUGGUUGAGGGUAGCACCGUGGAGAUCAGCUGUCACCUACACCAGUACGAUGGCUCCAUUGUGGUUAUCCAGAAUCCGGUUCGGCAAACUCUCUUCUUCAAUGGAACACGAGCGUUGAAGGACACACGGUUUCAGCUGGUUGAGUUCACCCAGAAAGUAGUGAAGAUUCACCUGUCCGAUGCCAAGUUGGAGGAUGAGGGUGGAUACUUCUGCCAGCUCUACACUGAGGAUACACAUCACCAGAUUGCCACGCUCACAGUGAUAGUUCCCCCGGAUAAUCCUUUGGUGGAGGUAAAAGAACAGGCUGUCGAGGGAGGAGAGAUUGAGCUCACUUGCAUCUCCCCUCGAACAAAACCGGCAGCCACUCUACGCUGGUACCGAGACCGCAAGGAGCUGAAAGGAUUCACCAGCAAACAGGAGAAUGGGAAGACCUUCAGCAUCACCAACAGCAUCCGCUUCAACGUGGACAGGAAGGAUGAUGGGAAUAUAGUCACCUGCGAGGCGUCACACCCAGCUUUAAAGGGCCAGAAGAAACAGACUCAAUAUGAACUGGACGUGCAGUUUUCCCCCACGGCCAGCAUUCAGCCUUCCCAAAGCCUUGUGAGAGAUGGAGACGAGCUGAACCUGAAAUGUGAGGUCACAGGGAAUCCAAGGCCGACUGAAAUUAUUUGGACACGUCUCAACGACUCAUUACCGGACCGAGCACAAAUCCAGGGUGAUCUUCUGAGUUUCCCCUCACUCAACCUGCAAGACAAUGGAACCUACAGCUGCCAGGUCUCUAACAAACAUGGCCGUUCCUCUGAUCAAUAUGUGCUGGUGGUGUAUGACCCUGGAGCAAUAAUUGAGGCACAGACUCAAGUCCCGUAUGCUGUGAUUGGAGGGAUCUUGGCACUUCUCGUCUUCCUUGUAAUCUGCAUCCUAAUCGUCAUGGUCUGGUGCUCUGUUCGACAGAAAGGUUCGUACCUGACACAUGAAGCAAGUGGAUUGGAUGAGCAUGGGGAAGCUCGUGAGGCAUUUCUAAAUGGCGGCGAGAACCACAAGAGAAAGGAGGAGUUUUUUAUUUAAAAAAAGACACACAAGAAAAAAAAAAAUGUCCCAACACAGUAUUAAUAACCUGAAUUUUUUUAUUUUAUCUUACCUUUGCAGGGUGGGGGUUUGGGGAGGUUACAGAAGAGGAAAGUCUAGAGAACGGUUAGAUAGCAAAAGCAUAACACCUUCGAUGCCUUGGGGCUGAGUGGCUAAUGAACUUUUGUUGAAGGUGAAGAAAAGACAAUGAAGUUUGCCGGGAUAGUAUGGGGUACAGUCGGGCGGUUGGGGUGGGAGGCAGGGUUUAUAAAGGGUUGCGUCACCUCUUUCAGUAAAAAGAUGGUGAAAUAUCCCAUCAUUUUAUGGUAUGAACAAACAAAUAUGAGCAAAACAAUAUGUAGAAAGAUCAAACAACUAACACAGAAGAGGGCACAGUUGUUUUUUGUAAUAUUUUGGUAACGGAUCUUCUAGUGGAAUAUAAAAGGCUUCAAAGCUGCACACGUAAAAGUCAUGGCGUGAAACAGAAAGAUGUGGUAGGAAAGAUGCAGGAGCCUGUCACUUCUCUUCUAAAUCAAAAAGCCAGUUCGAUAAAUCAUAUGAUACAUAUCCUGAGGCCGACAGAAUUAACCUCUGCACCUUUUGUCUAUGGCUGGAUAGAUAAAAGAGUGUAGCAAGGUUUAUAAACCUGGCACCUCUAGGACUAAACUGCCCCAGGGGACAGGGCUGUGGAUAUAAUAAUAGGCUAGAAUAGAUAGUAGUGGGCCAGGAUGGAUGCUCGGCGAUUUGAGCUUGCGCUGGCUCAGUGUUAAGACCGUGACGUUUGUUUAAUCACCUUAAUUAGGUAGAAAUCAGCACGGCUCAGUAUCCCCAGCGAGGGAGGGAAGUUCUGCGGGGAGGGGGAGAGGCAUCAUAAGUCACCAGCUUAAAAGGAAGAACCAGAGAGGCUCAGAGAACAGAAAUUAGAAGGCGCAACCGCCACAAGAACAACCGAUACAGCCAUGAAUACCAAUGUACAGCAAAGCUAUUCCCAUGGACUCCCAGAGGCAGCGCUAGUCCUUCCAUAUUCUACAGUUUUCAUCUCAUUCUACUGGCAGUAUUAUUAGUGUCACUAGCAACCUAUGGCUUUUUAUAUUGUCAGAGCUUGUUUUAGGGAGGCUCUUUGCCCUGGGCCCCAGGUUGAGAUGGGCCCACAAUAUCUAUGUCACUAUUGCCAACAAGCAGCCCUCCAGCUGUCGUUGAGCUACAACUGACAGUUGGUCCAAAUCUUGGAGCUGUAGAUCAAAAUAAGCUGUAGAGUCACAGGUCCUUGAUUUACUUCUGUAACCCUGACCCUGUGCAGUUCUAGCAGUUCUAGGACAAGGAUAGGCAAAAUAUUCUACAUUUCCAAAUGCUGUUUUUUCACAGCGCUCCCAUGGUGGGAGUUGCAGAUGCUUAGACUGGAACGCAGAAGGUCAAACCUUCCUCAACAAGUUGGCCAAGAGAAAGGUAAACAAAAACAGAACAAUACUCAUUCAAGCACUGCUUGGAAAUAGCAACAACCCCUAACAAAGGUAGACACUAAUAUAAUAACCAAUACCUCUCCAUUUUCACUAACCCUUUAAGCAGUAUGACAUUACCUGCCUAUCCACAUCUGCGCACAGCACAAUAAGGAACCCUUAUCAAACAGCUGCAACAGAAUGUAGUAUAAAUGAGUCUCUUUUAUCUUCCUACCACGAGAAUUUCUGCAGUCCAGGCAAAUUAUGACAAUAAUUAAUUAGUUUUAAUUUACACACCUCUCUGCUAUAAAUUAUGCAGAACAAGUUGAAAAUGCAGUUUUAUAUCUACAUAGUUUCAGCGCCAGCCUUACCAUGCACCCUGGAGCUGAAAAGGUAUCUUGUCUACAAUGCAACUGGCCAAGAGCUUUCAGCUGGGAGCUUUAACCUUUGGGAGGCCUCCAUAAUAGUGCACUUUCCACUUACCUUAAUUAUCUAUUGAUCAUACUUCUUGCUGUAAUAGAGAACCUGUAUAAACUCAACGAAAUGCAACAAUAAAUAUUGGGGCUUUCAAUGUUCUCAUUUUAGAAAGCCAUCUGCUGUUAUCAUAGACAAGGUUCUAGGUGCUGCUACCUGUCUAGAACAUGAUUAUCUUUCUUUCUUAUGAGUUUGAAGAUUGACCAUAACAGCGUCAAUGAAAGGAACUCAAUCUUACUUCUACUUGGGUUGGGCUACUUGUAAAUAUAAGUCCUGCCAACAGAAUUCCCCAACAGAAUCCUAGAUAUAAGAUUUAAUAGCCUUCACCAUUAGAGCCCUGGAACCUUUGAAUAAGAUUGAACAACCUACUAGAGAUCACUGGAAUGCUGCUGAAACAAGACUCAUGGCAGCUCUUGUCAACUAGAUUGAUGGAAGAGCCUUACAUCUUCCCAACAUUAAUAAUAAGUAGCCAACAGUCAUCUUAUUACUGGUAAUGGUAAUUUUAGCUUAAGGGGGACCUACAGGACUCUUCUCAAUCACAUUACACAUAAGAUGAAAAUUACUAGAAUUGGUUGGACCCCCUUGCAUUCCCAUAAAUGCUGCUCCAUAUUUCUGUUGGUGGUUUGGCAGAACAAGCUGGUUAUCAGCAUCACAAGUGAUGGAAAGGCACAAAAGACACAAGAAAUAGUUUUGUAUGUGUGUAUUAUAUGAACUGUCAAUCCUUCCGCAAUGCCUUUAUGGCCUGGGUGGCUCCAGAGGCGGUAUGCUUUGUUCUGAUAAAGUUUUUAACUACAAUGAAUUGAGGAUGAUAUUUAACAAAUAAGUUUUAGGUUAUGAAUUGCUAGAAAUGCAUGGGGUAACCUGGGGACACAAAAUAAUUGGAAAAGGUUAGAUAGAUGUUAGACAAAGCAAGUGCUGAAGGCCACAUCAUUAGAGAAGACAAACUGUAGACAUGGUGUUCUUUGUCUGUUGGUCAGAAUUGGAGACUUUGACACACAACUGUUUUACUACACUGGUGGGUUCAUUGAGCAGUUCAUUAUCUAUCCUCCCUCUACUUGUAUCACCUGGUCUGUGUCCACCAGUAACUCUUCCAGGGGCAAUGGUGUGGUUUGACCCUUGAGUGCCAAAGCUCCUUGGCCCGGCUCGUUUUCUGGCCUACAAUUUUAUGUAGGGUCUAUGAACUCCAGCAACGGAAUCUAAUGUAGAAUAGAUGUACCCAGGGCCAUAUGUGGCCAAUAAAUUGUGGUGCAAUUGUAUUUUAAAGAUGAGAAUAAGGAAAGGAUGGUGGUGUGUCUCAAUUACAUUGAUGUUUCUUUAUUCUAAAGGAGAAACUUCAUGAGAACAAAGCAUAAGAGCCUGUCGCAUAUCAUGCUGGUGUUUAUCCCUCACUGUGCAUUUCCCCAGCUCUUUUAUUCAAUAUGUUCUUUUGUUGUUUUUUUUUUUAAUUUUUAAAAUAAAUUGUUUUGUGAA